CGUAGGCCAGAGAAAGGGAGUGGCAACCCACUUGUUUUUAAAUAUUUUUCACAUUAGGUUUCUUCCAGCAUUUUGGAUUCCCUCCAGUAGUUCUAUUUUGAGAUUUGUUAAUGUUUGCCAACCAGCCAGUUUCCACCAGUACUGCUGGGUGGGACUUAAAUGGGAGCCUGUAUUCCUGAGAUAUUGGGAGUAAGGUAUUAACUUUAAGAGAGAUAAACAUGCAACAGUAAGACGAGGGAAGGGUUUUCUCCAUUUUGAGGCCUUCGCUGGUGAAAGAAUGCAAGUUUUAAAGUUUCACUGUGUCCUGGUCUUCAAGCAGAAAUGAGGCGAUUGUGUGCAUAAUGUUCUUGGAACAGCAGUGGAAGCUUUUGAGUAAUUUAAUAGAAAAAGACUGUGGGCCUUAUGAGAACACUUCAAGAGCUACAUGAUCAGAUUAAGGAGGCCUGAACUGCGAAAUUGAGGCCAUCGUUUUGUGGCUGGGAUGAACAUCUGCAACAAACCACCUAAUAAGACCGCACCAGAGAAGAGUGAUGAAGCGGCUAUUGAGGUCCAAUCCCAGCAUGCCCGGAGAAAUGGCUGGAGCUGGCCUCCGCAUCCAUUCCAGUUUGUUGCCUGGCUGUUGUACCUGUUUUUUGCGCUAGUCAGCUUUGGCAUCCUUGUGCCACUCCUACCUGUCCACUGGGUUCCUGCUGGGUAUAUUUGUCCUGGAGUGUUUUUUAUCUGCCAUCUGGUAGUUCAUCUUACAGCAGUUUCCAUUGAUCCAGCUGAUGACAGAGUGCGCGAGAAGAAUUACCAGGGACCACUUGCCACAUUCAAUCGGAACCAGCACACUCAUGUCAUUGAAAACCGCCACUGCCACAUCUGUGAUGUUGAUGUGAGCUCCAAAUCAAAACACUGUGGGACUUGCAACAAGUGCGUGUGCGGAUUUGAUCAUCACUGCAUGUGGCUCAACAACUGUGUAGGAGAGAGGAACUAUUGGCUCUUUCUGAACAGUGUGAUAUCUGCCAUCCUGGGCCUUCUCCUAACCCUGCUCAUCGCUUUCUACGUCUUUGUGGAGUUCUUCCUUAACCCCAUGAGGCUGCGCACUGACCAGCACUUUGAAGGCUUGAAGAAUCAAACAGAUGUGUGGUUUGUGUUCCUUCCUGCUGCUCCCAUUGAGACUCAAGCACCUGCUAUUUUGGCUUUGGCUGGAAUUAUAAUUCUCCUGGGGCUGCUGACACUGUUCCUGUUGGGUCACCUGCUGGUCUUCCACAUAUAUCUCAUGUGGCAUCGGUUAAGCACCUAUGAAUACAUUGUGCAGCAGCGUCCCCCACAGGAGAUGAAGGAUCCUGUCAAACAGCUAGAAUCCUGUCCUCCCCAAGUGCGGCCUGUUCAGGAAAUGCAGUUUUAUGCUGGAAGCCUCGGAUAUACCAAUUCUGAGAUUCAGAUGGAGGACUCUUCGGGAUUAGCAUCUGGGAAAGACCUGCCCAAAUUCUGCGCCCGCAGCGAUGGCACGGAGUCCAAGCUCUUCUUGUCCCCUGAGCUCACAGAGGUGCAUGCUGGAGACCAACCACAGGUGAGUAAGAAGAAAAAGAAGAAGAAAAAGAGGAAGAAGUUGCAUAAGGUUCCCUCUUCUCUGUUGGAAGAAAGAUCUAAGGUGAUGGCUGCCCCAUGGUCCUCUCUUCCAGCUUUAGAGCCAGAAUUGUCCAUCACAGCUGCCACCUCUUCAACCUCUUCGUCCUCCAGCCUUCGCCUGCCCGUACCAGUUCUCCCUCCCAAAAUAGUCACGCCCACAGACAGCAGCGGGCUGGUCCAGGCCGCCGGCCCUCCGGCUGACUACCAUUCCGAGUCGGCAGAGUCUAUGGACGAGAUCCCCGUGGCUCAGACGCGCCUGGGGAGCAGUGCCCCCAACGGAGCUUCCAAGAGCGGCGCUCGGCAUCUCCCUUUCCCCGCCGUCCACUCCAGAGGGGGAGGAGAAAAGCACCAGGAUCCCGGGCCCAGUGCGAAAAGCAAGAACUGUCCAUCGGCCACAGGACAGCGGGCGGAAGAGCUGGAACUGUCUCUCAAGAUCCCCGCCGUGUUUGUGAGCAAAAGUAGCGGGGAGCCACCCAUCCCCAACCUGUGGUCUGGCGAAACGUCAUCUGAACCCCCUCACAGAAAAUGCUCCAGUAAACGGCACGAAGCUGAUCGAGACUUCAGCAGAUGGGACUCCAGCACCGGUUCAACGGCAGCAUAAACGCCUCUCCACCCUCUGGUGUCCUAAAAGCCAUAACGGCCACGGGAGGAGCAAGAGUGUGUGAGCUGCUCACUCUCCAAAUAUAUUGGUGUUCAAGGAUCUAAUCUCGAGUGGUAUGUCUCGCUCUCUGGAGCUGGCUGGCCUUGGCUCCUUCUUACCUGCCUUUUGUGGAUGGGGAAGUGGGCUUAUUCCGUCGCCUUUGUUGCUCCUGCAGCUAAGUCGUUUGCCUUUUGCAGAGCAAAUUGUCGAAAACUGCUCAAGGUCAACCGUCUUCCCUCACAGAUGUGUGCCAGGCAUUUGAAGAUUUCGGGGUUAAGACUUGUCGCUCCCUGCCUUUUUAUCCCAAGCUCUCUUGCGGACCUCGUCGGAAGCAUGCCCGUGCCCUUUGCUUAAUGCUGCAUCAUACCCACCGUGCAGGGAGGGGGUGUUUACACCCUUUUCCGGGAAUCCUGUCCUUGUUCCUGUGCCUGAAAGGGAAAAUGCAGAGCGUGUCACGUCCCAUACGGGCUUCCCCUCCUCUGCGAUGGCUUUAUCCUUGCCUUGUGAUGCGAGCUCAUAUUUUGGAGGCCUCGCAGUGGAGCCAGUUUCCUCACUCGGGCAGCUUCCUUUGCGUGCGCUCUCUCGGUAGCAGAGGAUGCUUUACAUGCCUGAUGAAUUCCUGUGAGAGAAAGUGCCAGCGUGAAGCCCCUCUGUUGGCCUCGGGCUUGCAAACCAGGCAAACUUUCCCCCUACAGUCCGGGAAAAGCUUUUGAGCUACCUCAGCGGUUUCCCCUUUCCUUUUGGGGAGGGACCAUGCUUUGCCUCUGGAAGGCCUUAGGUUCCAUCCCUGACAUCCUUAGUUUAAAAAAAAAUCAGGUAGCAGCCGAUGGGAAAACCCCUUUUCUAUCUGAGACCCUGCAGAGCAGCUGCCCGUCAGAGUCGAUCAUACUGUGCUAGAUGGACAAAUAGUCUGACCUGGUGUAAUGUCAGCUUCCGACGUUCUUGCACCAAUAUUCUGGAACUCCUUGAACACCUCUGUUCACAAUAAAUCUUUUCUAUGCU